AUGGGCCCUGAAUUUCGGACCUUUUCAUACAUAUCUCAGAAGGAUCCGAAUCCAUCCACUGCUGCGAAGGACAUAGCCGAGACCCUACGAACGACAUGUACGCGCCGACGAGGUAAUGCUAUGUUCAGAGACAUGUUUAUCCGGAUUAAUUACACUGUGAGGCUGGGGUUGGAUAAGCCGUGGAAUUAUGUCGGCCUUCACUUUGCUCGCGAUCAGUAUGGGACGAAAAGAACAUAUAUAUACCAUAUCUUCGAAACACCAUCUAACACCCCAACCAUCUCCAUCUUAUUCUCCGGGUUCUUCUCCGGCCUCGCCAUUGCAGAUAGUCCCAUCUGUAGCAGUAUCUGCGCUCACAACAACGACCCCGGUCUCUGGAAUGACGACCAUACUUCUUCCGCUCAAGUAGACUACAUCAUCGCUAACCGCGGUGAAUACGUAACAGGUAGUGUACAAGGCCACAUGUGCGUUGCGAUUAUUGGAUCUGAAUAUACUAUUAUCGUGGCAGACUGUCUCGAGCAAAUGGCUGCCCAGUGGCAGAGUUAUACGGAUAAUUGGUACUUGUGGAGCUCAAUUACUUGUGUUACCGAGACCGCGACGGGAAUUAUCUCUAUCACGGCUUAA